AUGCGGCGAAUCCGAGAUGAUUUGAAUCGCCUAAUGUAUAAUCUGUAUUUCUCUUCUCUUGGAGAGUUUUUUUCUAAAUCUGCUCAAAAUGGUGAUCUACGAACUCCUGAGCUGAUAGCCCUUGAGAAAGUCCAGAAAUCUCAACAACAGCAAUUAGACACUGCAACGUCAGGUACCGAUGCCUCUUCUCAACCACAAUCAACACCCUGGUCUCCUCUUAUCGAGUGCCUCGUCUCGGCAUUCUACGAACUCACCGAUGGUCUCUCCUUCUACCUCUGUCGACGAGUUCCAGACCACAAGGCGGCAAUAUUUCUAGCUGCCUCAGCUUCUGCGAAUGGCAUGAGUGUGAAUGGCUUCAAGAAUGGACACUCGGGAUCGCCAGGGUCUGAUAGUGGUGGUCCAUUCAAGGCCUUCUAUGGACCAGGACACUUUUUGGUGGCUCCGAAAUCGGUGAAGGAGUCAAAUGAAUCCUCGGAUGGAGAUGCGGAUGCGAGGGCGAAAGUUAGCUCGCUGGAUAAUGUGGCGUUUGAGGAUCUUUGUAUUGACAUCUACGAUGAGGCGGAACGGCGUCUAACCAACUCAUUCCUCGAGUCAACUGCUGAGCCACCUAAUUCCACAGGUCCGACUUUCAUUCAUGGUGGUAAUGUCUCAACGCGUCCACUGCCACCUCCCACCACUUCUGGUGGUCGUCCACAUUCAAUGAGC